GCCCGCCGGGGAGGAAGGGGAAGGGAAGGGGGAGCGGGCUGCGCUGUUGCCCUUUUAAGCGAGCGAGUGGGUGCAGGAGGCUGGUACAAAGGGGGCUGCCGCCGCGCUCGCCGUCCCCCCCGCCGGCUGGGGCUGCCCCGGCCCCCCCCCCCCCGCCCUCUCGCCAUCUUCCGCCCCGCAGGCGCGGCCGGGGCCAGGGUCGGGCCGGGCUGAGGCGGAGGGAGGCGGCGGCAGCAGCAGCAGAGCGGGCUGAGGCGGCGCAGGCCCGGGCCCGGAGAUGAGGCCAGGAUGUCGGUGUCAGGGCUCAAGGCCGAGCUGAAGUUCCUCGAGUCCAUCUUCGACAAGGACCACGAGCGCUUCCGCAUCGUCUCCUGGAAGCUGGACGAGCUCCACUGCCAGUUCGUGCUCCUGCCGCCGCCGCCGGGUUCCAGCCCGCAGCCGCCGCCGCCGCUCACCAUCCACUGCAACAUCACGGAGUCUUACCCCUCUUCAUCACCAAUAUGGUUUGUAGAAUCAGAUGACCCGAACCUGACUUCAGUCUUAGAGCGCUUAGAAGAUAUUAAGAAGAGCAAUACUCUGCUUCUUCAACAGCUGAAGCGAUUAAUAUGUGACCUCUGCAGAUUAUAUAAUCUUCCUCAGCACCCAGAUGUUGAAAUGUUAGAUCAGCCAUUACCAGCUGGACAGAAUGGAACAACAGAAGAAGUUACAUCAGAGGAGGAGGAAGAAGAAGAUAUGGGUGAAGACAUUGAAGAUCUGGAUCACUAUGAUAUGAAGGAGGAGGAACCAGCUGAUGGGAAGAAAUCUGAGGAUGAAGGCAUUGAAAAAGAGAACCUUGCAAUCUUAGAAAAAAUCAGAAAAAAUCAAAGGCAAGAUCACUUAAAUGGUGCAGUCUCUGGGUCAGUUCAGGCUUCAGAUCGACUUAUGAAAGAACUCAGGGAUAUAUAUAGAUCACAGAGUUAUAAAACAGGGAUAUAUUCAGUGGAACUGGUAAAUGACAGCUUGUAUGAAUGGCACGUUAAGCUUCUAAAGGUUGAUCCUGAUAGCCCACUGCAUAGUGAUCUUCAGGUCUUAAAAGAAAAAGAAGGUGUAGAAUACAUUUUACUCAACUUCUCUUUUAAGGAUAACUUCCCUUUUGAUCCUCCCUUUGUGCGAGUGGUAUCUCCUGUGCUCACAGGAGGGUAUGUCCUAGGUGGAGGUGCAUUAUGCAUGGAACUUCUUACUAAACAGGGCUGGAGCAGUGCCUAUUCAAUAGAAUCAGUCAUCAUGCAGAUCAAUGCCACUUUAGUCAAAGGAAAAGCCAGAGUACAGUUUGGAGCCAAUAAGAAUCAAUAUAAUCUAGCAAGAGCACAGCAGUCCUAUAAGUCACUAGUACAAAUACAUGAGAAAAAUGGCUGGUACACUCCUCCAAAAGAAGAUGGCUAACACUGAGGACUGUUGUAUACCUGGACCAAUGUCAACAAAACAAGCUCUUUUUUAUGUUUUCCAACACACAGACUCAAGCUAUGAGUGCCCCUAUAACAGCUGUACUGAAGACUUUAGCUAUUAGAUAAGUUAGUGGAUAAUCUGUCAACUGACACGUAAAGUAUAAGUUACAGCCUUACCAUUCCGCUCUUCUUAGGUAUCUGGACUGAGCAGUUUGGGCCUUUACCGUAUUUGUUCUUAUGGAUUAAGCAUAUUUGGGCCACGCCCUCCCUUCUCCCUUUUUUUUUUUUAUUUGAAAGCAUAAGCUCCCUGCAGCAGGCUAUCGAGUUACUAAAGAUCAUUCAAUAGGAGUGAGUUGUUCACACACUUUUGUGUAUUUCUUACCUUUUGCAAAAUGCAGACUGCAGAGACUUGCGUUGUAUCGUUUCAUUUAAAGCCAAGAAGUUUAAUACAUUGUUUAAUACUGUUUUAGGAAAUGUCAGGUCUUGCAAAUCACAGUAGUUUUUUCUGGUCUAAAAUGACAGCAUUUGUAGUAUUUCCAAAUUAAUGAUAUAGGAAAAAAACACAUGUAUGUUAAGUCAUUAAACAUUUUUCAUGGCUGUAUGAGAAUAUGAACUGUUUCUUGGAAAAGAUGCUCUUUGUUUAGAUUAUGUUAAUUUUUUUGGCUGUUUUAUUUUUUUUCUUGUUUGGGUUGAUUUUUUUUUUUUUUUUUUUUAAGCAGAGCAAGGCUGUGCCAAUAAAACCUUGUAACUAGUCAUUUCCACUGGGGCAUCAGAACUUGCUGAGCUGUUCCUGCUACUUGCUGGCUCAACCUCCUUAACAAGAAGAGCCGCAGUAUGAAGCUUGAAGUUAUUUAAAGUACUAAAAACCUUUUUAGGUGUUCCAUUUUAUUAACGGGUUGUUGCAAUCAUUUGUAAACUAAUGAACUUAUAAAGUGAUUGGCACAAAUCGAGAUGAAAGUCCUUGAAUGAAAAUUUUUUUAUAUAAAAGCUACAAUAAAUAAAGUACGAAACCACGUCAUCCGAUGCAGAGGUUUAAGAAAUGUUGCCACGGUCGUCGAUGGUGGUUCUGUUAUUGAAAGACGAAUGGGAACUGUUCUUUCUCUGUUAGGAAACGAAUCUGGGUCUGUGUAAUUACGCUCUUAUUUCAUUGCCUUACCUACAUUGAUUCUGUUUUGGUUGUAGUACUAGUCGUUAGGCCUUUGCACCCCCCUGGGGCCGAGCGAAGGGUGCGUACCACGGACUAAGCACUUUUUAGAAGCGCAGAAGCAUGUUUUUGUUAUGUUUUUUUAGUUGACUAUCGAAUUUGUGCUCUUCUCUCUAUCAGGCGCCCACGGGUCCUUGCGCAUUUGCUUCUAGAUCCCGUUUUUAGCUCGAAGGAAACGACGGGGGCGAGGUUUGGCGCGGAUGGACGGUGGGUGACGUCCCAGCCUUCCCGCUGGCGUGGGCGGAGGCCGUGCCCGUGGGUGCUGACCCCGGCACCCACCGGGGGGUGGGGGGAGCCUGCCCGUGGCCGGCGGCUCCCCGCGGCCCCCCCGCAGGCAGGCAGACCCCGCACCGUCGCCGCAUGCUUUGGGGGUUGGGUUGCGUUCCUCAUGGCGGAGUUACUUGGCAAUGUACAGUAAUUUGUAAACUUGCAUCAAGUUUAUGAAUAAAAACCGUUUUAAGAA